CGGGCUCGUCGGCGAGCGCCGACUUCCGCAUCCGGUUCCAAGCGUUUCCGUUCUUAGUGGGCACAUCUGGGAGGUAGGUGGUGAUGGUGAGGAACGGGCUUCUAGACCGCCGGAGUGUGCUCGCCGAGGGCAUACUACAAACCUUCAGAUGCUGGCCUAUGGGAUUCAGCAGAGGAUGAGUCCUCGAUCCUGUCAUUGGUGAGCCACUCUUCCCACCUGCUCUCCUACCAUCCACCAUCCUCAUGUCUACCUUACUCCUCAAUCUGGAUUUUGGCGAACCUCCCCCCAAAAAGACUUUAGAAGGGAAUGCCAAGCACCAAAAAUUUGUCAAGAAGCGGCGGUUCUUAGAAAGGAGAGGCCUUCUAAAUAAGAAAAAACAGCCCCCUAACAAUGUGCCUAAGUUGCACUCGGAACCUGCAAAGAAAGGGGUAACUCCUCAGGUGGAUGGCACCUGGAAGAUUUCCCCCCUUCCAAAAAAGAAGAAGACUGCAGACUCGAGCUGUGGGUCAGAGCGGUCCCUGGACAAGAAAACGUCUGUGCCUUGGCUGACCCCUGCCCCUUCACAGAAGACUGGUUCUGUUGUGGCUAAAGCAGAUUUGCUGGAGGAGUUCCAGAGUUCCCUUCCAGAGAUGAAGAGCCCCCCAACUCGCCCUCCGAAGAAGAACCCCCAAAAGAACCCUAUUCAGAAGAAUCCACCACAUAACUCCGCCCUGGCUCAUUCAGAGAACAAAUGCUCUGGAGCAUCCCAGAAGAUACCAAGGAAGAUGGUGGCAAUUGACUGUGAGAUGGUGGGCACAGGACCCAAGGGGCAUGUGAGUUCCUUGGCUCGAUGUAGCAUCGUCAACUACAACGGGGAUGUGCUCUAUGAUGAGUACAUCCUUCCCCCCUGUCACAUUGUGGACUACCGCACCAGAUGGAGUGGUAUCCGCAAGCACCACAUGGCGAAUGCUACACCCUUCAAGAUUGCUCGGGGCCAGAUCUUGAAAAUACUCACAGGGAAGAUAGUGGUGGGACAUGCCAUCCACAAUGACUUCAAAGCCCUUCAGUACUUUCACCCCAAGUCUCUUACCCGAGACACCUCCCAUAUUCCUCCUCUCAACCGGAAGGCUGACUGCCCAGAGAAUGCUACCAUGUCUCUAAAGCAUCUCACAAAGAAGCUGCUGAACCGGGACAUCCAGGCUGGAAAAAGUGGGCAUUCCUCUGUGGAAGACGCUCAGGCCACCAUGGAGCUGUACAAGUUGGUUGAAGUUGAGUGGGAACAGUACCUGGCCCAGAAUUCCCCUAAAGAUUUAGCAGCAGUGGGGACACCGGUGGUGAAAGGAGAAACCGGGCUGUGAACCAAUGGACGGCUCUACCUGCUCCGCACCUUUGGAAGCUAAAGUUGUUGGGGGAGAGAGGCUCUACCCCAGACUUAAUAUCCAUUGAAAUCUCA